AUGGUGGCACCCCCGAACUCAGGAAGCAUAUUUUAUAACUACAAGGGCACACACAGCAUAGUACUUCUCGCAAUAGCCGAUGCUGAGUAUAAAUUGGUUUACACAGAUGUCGGACGUAAUGGAAGAAUUUCCGAUGGUGGAGUUUUCAAACGUUGUAGUUUUGCACAGGCGCUGCGUGAAAACAAACUUGGAAUUCCCGUUCCGGAGUCACUAAAGAACAGAAUUACUCCAAUUCCGUACUUUCUGAUAGGUGACGACGCGUUUGCGAUGAAUGCGAAUUUGCUGAAACCAUAUCCUGGAACACAGCUAACUGGUCUGCAUCGCAUCUUUAACUACCGGUUGCCUCGUACUCGCCGAAUAAUUGAGAACGUUUUUGGAAAACCAGAAGUGUAG